AUGACGUCCACAGCCGCCAAGAUCCUCAAGAACGCCUCUUCGGGAGUGCUGCGCCUCGGAAUGAUGCCUGCCGAUGGUAUCGGACGCGAAGUGCUCCCCUGUGCUCAGAGGGUGCUUCAAAACACCCCCGGUGCACCCAAGUUCGAGUUCGUCCAUCUCGACGCCGGAUUCGAGCACUUCCAAAAGACCGGCUCGGCUCUGCCAGAGGAGACGGUCAAGGCGCUCAAGAGUGACUGCCACGGUGCCAUGUUCGGUUCCGUCUCGAGCCCUUCCCACAAGGUCGAGGGUUACAGCUCGCCCAUCGUCAAGUUGAGGAAGGAGCUCGACUUGUACGCCAACAUUCGACCUGUCGUUGGUGUCAGGGGUACCAAGGACGAUGAGAAGUUCAUCGACAGUGUCAUCAUUCGCGAGAACACCGAGUGCUUGUACAUCAAAUCUGAGACGAGUGAAUCCGGUCCCGACGGCCAAAUCUCUCGAGCCAUCCGACAGAUCACCGAAAAAGCUUCUACCCGCAUUGGCAAAAAGGCCUUCGAAGUCGCCAUCGCACGCAAGGAACUGCGCAAGACCACGCAGCCCUCCUACACCCCCACCGUCACCAUCUGCCACAAGUCCAACGUGCUCUCAGUCACCGACGGCCUCUUCCGUACCUCCGUCCGCGGUGUGUACGAGCAGGAUCAAAAGUCCAACGGCGGUGCUGGUCGAUACGAGGGUGUCAAGCUCAACGAGCAGCUCGUCGAUUCUAUGGUCUACCGUCUCUUCCGUGAGCCUGAGGUGUUCGACGUUGUCGUUGCGCCCAACCUGUACGGUGAUAUCGUUUCGGAUGCUGCUGCUGCUUUGGUGGGAUCGUUGGGUCUCGUACCUUCGGUGAAUGCUGGUGACAACUUCUUCAUGGGUGAACCGGUCCACGGAUCAGCACCGGACAUCGCAGGUCAAGGCAAAGCCAACCCGAUCGCUUCCAUCCGUUCGGCCGCGCUCAUGCUCGAAUAUAUGGGCUACACAGAACCCGCACUCAAGAUCUACACCGCCGUAGACCAAGUCAUUCGCGAAGGCAAAUACCUCACCCCUGACCUCGGCGGCUCGGCUACCACCACCCAGUGCGAAGAGGCCAUCCUCAAGAAGAUCUCGGACGCUUAA